ACAAGCGCAGCCAUUGUCCCGCGCGCGGACGCUUGCUGUCUCCGAGCAGCUCGGCCCUUUAGAGUUAACCCCCAGCAGCCUUGCGAAUGCUGACUAGGAGAGGGGACCGAACUAGCUUAACCCGAGUCGGCCGUGUUGUAGAAUCGGGCAGUGGGUUGCUUAACCCGAGUUCGUCCUGCCGCAGAGCCGUGCCAGGCACUGAAGCGGUGACAGGCCCAGCCUGGGCUGCGGGCCAGCGGACGCUCAGGUUGGUAGGGGCGUGGGGCAGUGCUUGGUGUCCGAAGCGCGCAUGCGCAGGGUCUACGCGGGAAGCUGGAAGCGGUGUGCAGCUCAGGACCUCAGCACCCUGCUGUGCCUGGAGGAGAGCAUGGAAGAGCAGGAUGAGAAGCCCCCAGAGCCCCCGAAGGCCUGUGCACAGGAUUCUUUCCUUCCUCAAGAGAUUAUCAUCAAAGUUGAGGGAGAAGACACUGGGUCUCUGACCAUCCCAUCUAAGGAAGGAGUGAACUUCAAAAUUGUGACUGUGGACUUCACACAGGAGGAAGAGGGUACUUGGAACCCUGCUCAGAGGACCCUGGACAGAGAUGUGAUCCUGGAGAACGACAGGGACCUAGUCUCCUGGGACUUGGCAACUGCAGUUGGAAAAAAAGAUUCAACUUCAAAGCAGAGGAUUUUUGAUGAAGAACCAGCUAAUGGAGUGAAGAUAGAAAGGUUUACAAGGGAUGAUCCUUGGUUAUCUUCAUGUGAAGAAGUUGGUGAUUAUAAAGACCAGUUGGAGAAGCAACAGGAAAAACAAGAGAUACUUUUGCAGGAAGUGGCGUUCACUCAAAGGAAAACGGUUAUUCAUGAGAGAGUCUGCAAAAGUGAUGAACCUGGGGAGAAGAGUGGUCUGAAUUCCAGUCUAUUUUCAUCCCCGAUUAUACCCAUAAGAAACCAUUUUCAUAAACGUGUAUCACAUGCUAAAAAAUGGCAUCUUAAUUCUGCUGUAAACAGUCAUCAGAACAUUAAUGAGAAUGAGACACUAUAUGAAAAUAAUGAAUGUGGAAAACCCCCUCAGAGCAUUCACCUUAUUCAGUUUACAAGAACUCAAACAAAAGAUAAAUCCUAUGGAUUUAGUGACAGUAUUCAGUCUUUUUGCCAUGGUACACCCCUAUAUAUACAUGAAAAAAUCCAUGGAGGAGGAAAAACCUUUGAUUUUAAAGAAUAUGGGCAAGUUUUGAACCCCAACAUAUCCCAUAAUGAACAACAGAGAAUUCCUUUUGAAGAGAGUCAAUAUAAAUGUAGUAAAACCUCUCAGAGUUCCUCCCUUACUCAAAACAUGAGAAAUAAUUCUGAAGAGAAACCUUUUGAAUGUAAUCAGUGUGGGAAAUCCUUCAGCUGGAGCUCUCAGCUUGUUGCACAUCAAAGAACUCACACUGGAGAGAAACCGUAUGAAUGUAGUGAAUGUGGAAAAUCUUUUAACCGCAGUUCUCACCUUGUUAUGCAUCAGAGAAUUCACACUGGGGAAAAACCGUAUGAAUGUAAUCAGUGUGGGAAAUCCUUCAGCCAGAGUUAUGUUCUUGUUGUACAUCAGAGAACUCAUACUGGAGAAAAGCCCUAUGAAUGCAGUCAGUGUGGGAAGUCCUUCAGACAGAGUUCAUGUCUUACCCAACAUCAGAGAACUCAUACUGGAGAGAAACCGUUCGAAUGUAAUCAGUGUGGAAAAACAUUUAGUUUGAGUGCUCGACUUAUUGUGCAUCAAAGAACUCAUACUGGAGAGAAACCCUUUACAUGUAUUCAGUGUGGAAAAGCUUUCAUUAAUAGCUAUAAACUUAUUAGGCAUCAGGCAACUCAUACUGAAGAGAAACUCUAUGAAUGUAACUAGUUUGUAAAUCCCCUGGGAUUUAUUCCUUUUUAUUUCAUUCUUUUAAAAAAUGUAUUUUAAGGUAGUACAUGGGAAGAACUACUAUAAAAACAAUAUAUGCGGGAAAACUUCCAGUCCUCUGUUAAUUAUGUGUCUGAAAUUUGUUCUGGAAAAGAAAGGGGGAAAAUCUAUGAAUGACUUCUCAACCUAGCAAUUCCAUAUACAAGAUUUAAGAUUCUUAGGACAUAUUCCUAUGAAAAUAAUAAAUACUGGCACUUUUCCUUGCAGAAAGCACUCAGACCUGAAUCAGAGAAUAUCAUAUGCCAAAGCCAACUGCCAGUGUGUUAGACCUCUUUUUCAAUAAAGAGUAAAUGGAAUGCUAACACUAGUGGGCUUAUUGAGAAAAUUGAAAGGUUGCAGUAGUGUUUAGAACGUAGGCUGGAAAACCAUAUUUUAGUGUAUCAUUUUACUACAUGAUCUUCCAAUUAGAUAGCUUGUAAUCUGUUCCUUACAGUACUGGCUGUUGUUACAUGUGAAGAUUUUGUAAAUUUUAGGAAAGUGUCUAUGAUAUAUAGUGAAAAAUAUGGGAAAGGAAUAUAGAAGUAAUAUUCACUUCUAUAACCAUUCUGAUAAAAUAUUUGUGUAUGGAUUAGAAUAGAAAGGGAUUAUGGAUGUAUCUAUUCAAUUUCUUGGUUUAUGUUGGGCCUUCAUUUUUGGAAUGUAUGCUGUUAUGCUAUGAUAAAUGAUAUAAUGAGUAAAAAUUAUUCAAA